AUUGGGAAACCCUUGUUUGGAUUCCCUAAACCCCUGCCAUUCCCAUCUUCUUCCCUCCCGUUUGCCCUUCAGCAUUUGGCAGAACCGAUUUGGAGCUCUGAGAGACCUUUGGUUAGCUAUGGCCAGCGCUGAUGUUGAGGCUGUCGACUUUGAGCCCGAGGAAGACGACCUCAUGGACGAGGAUGGAGCCGCCGAAGCCGAUGUCUCCCCACGAGCUACUUUUCCUAAGCUCAAAUCCGCCAUUACUGGUGGCGCAUCUUCCACGUUGGCCGGUGGUUUGAAGAAAACCAAGGGUCGUGGAUUUCGAGAAGAUUCUGAUCGUAACACCCGUCUUGCUGGGUCGGACUUCGAUUCCCUCAACUCUGCUGAUUGCCCUGGCAUCCAACGAUCUAUUGAAGGAUGGAUCAUUCUGGUAUCUGGUGUACACGAAGAGGCACAGGAGGAUGAUCUACAAAACGCAUUUGGUGACUUUGGGGAGAUAAAGAAUUUGCAUCUAAAUCUCGAUCGCCGUACUGGGUUUGUCAAGGGGUAUGCGUUGAUCGAAUACGAGAGCUUUGAGGAAGCAGAGAAAGCAAUAUCUGCCAUGGAUGGAGCUGAACUUCUGACCCAAAUUAUCAAUGUUGAUUGGGCAUUCAGCCGUGGACCCAUCAGAAGGAAGAACACAAGACCUGUGCGAGAACAGCGUUCGAGGAGCCCAAGGAGGAGAUAUUGAUCUGGAGGUGUUUAUGAUUUUUAAACGGAAAGGUGUUUUGUUGUGGAUUAUAGAUAUUAGGUGAUGUUUCUACUGAUCUCUUACUCAACUGUCUCUCAAGAUUCCCCUGGUUUCUUGGGGGAUCUGAAGUUGAUGAUAUUCCCCCUUUUUCCUUGGAUUACUUGAGGUUCAUGCUUUUUUGUGUUGAAACCUGCUAUUUUGUAUAUUCUUUUGUUCCAAAUUUGGUUCGGAUCGAGGGUUUUGGAUUUGGUCGUUCUCCGUUGGAAUGACAUGUACUCUUUUCUUUGAGGUC